GUCUCACUCAGUCAUCCAGGUAGAGUGCAGUGGUGCAAUCAUGGCUCACUGCAGCUUCGACCUCCCUGGCUCAAGUGAUCUUCCUGCCUCAGCCUGGUUUCAAUUGCUUAAUCUCUCUCAAGCAUAGUAAUCUACAAUCAGUUGACCCAAGUGAACUCACCAAACUCAUGGAUUUCCUGAUAUCACCUGUCCUCUUCCAUGUGGUUAAAUCCAGGAAGCACCUUGUACUCAUUUGAGGACCAGCAAGUCCGCUUGGCUCCUGAUGAGGGAGGAGUGCUCCACUGUGAAUGUGAUAAACAUCCAAAUGAUGUCUCAGAACUUAAACAUAACAAAGAGGAGGUCCAAGACCCAUCAUGCCCCAGGCUCAGCAGGCAGUUCCUGGAGGUAGAAGAGUGGGAUGUUUCAGAAGACUCACUGGAUGAAGGUUACUUGACUCCUUCAAUUGAACAUAACCUGUCUGACUGCCACCAGCCUUAUAGGAGCAUCUUGUGCUCAUUGGAGGAACAGCUCGCCUGCUCUGCUCUGGAUGUAGCCUAUGAGUACUCCACCCUGAAGGUCAUAAAGUUCCACUGGUCUCCCUCCCAGGCAACUUCUAUAUAUUUUUGUUUCUGCAAUUUGUACAGGCUGAGACAUGACAUUCCUGUACUUAGAUUGUUUUGAGCCUGGCUCUUGGAUCUAGUUUUAAACACAGACAUCCAAUGGGUGGAACUUUCCUCUCCUCUUGUCUUAGGUGACUCCUGUGUCACCCAGCUCCUUCUCACAAGAGUGGAUUGUGGGCAUCAAGACAGGCUGGUGUGGAGAAUGGUAAGGUGCAACUGUAAAUGCUUGGCUACCAAUAGCUCAGCUGAAGACUUCUUUUAAAAAAUGUUUUUAAUUUUUUAAAAUUUAUUUUACUUUAAGUUCCAGGAUACAUGUGCGGAAUGU